UCCAAGAAGAGCGAAGGGACGAGAUGGGGCACGAGGAGCGCUUUAUACCCGCGUGAGUGACUCCUCCUACGGGGCCUUGUCUUGAAGUAUCCUGACAAGACUCGCUUCUUUAAACGUAUCAUAUUUUUUUUACAUUAUAGAGAUGCAUUCAUUUUUUUUACCGACAGUGUGCAUAGUGUGUCGCCUUUGUUGUAUGUAUCAAUUUAUAGAUACGUCAAACCCUAAAAAAGACUUGGAAGUGUUGUUCUUUUAAAUAUUCUGAAAGUGGAAUAUAUCGAAUUCUGGCAACCCGUGUAAGGCACCUUUGCCCUGAUUAUAACUUCCGGGUGGUUUUGGUAAAUGGUUUUGGGUUGUGACUAAUCAUUUCUCAUUUUCCUUAAUACGUUUGUGUUCUUAGUCUAAACACUAUUAUUCCAAAUUACAUUACUCGCUCUUUCAUAUUUAUUGUUUUGUCGUUCAACAUUUCAACAUCAGAAAAUAACUAAAUUGACCUCACGGAAAUGACGACACAGUGAACGUGCACAUGUAAACUGGAGGUGCAUUAAAUACACGUGCCGGCAGCAACACGCAGUCUAGGGUUUAGUUGGCCGCAAAGGAGGGGACAAUUCACAUGUGAGACCGACAAAUCUCUACGUCUGCACCAUGAGCGGUCACAGUUAUUAUCCUCCUCCGGACUUUGGCUGUCCCGUUCCCAGUUCGGCGGUGGUAAGACCAGCAACAUUUCAGUGUCAACAGCCACCCUCGAGCAACUUUCACACUGGUAUGUGGAACUGGUUCGAGCAACCGUGCACCCCGUGGGGCUACAACGGUCAAGGGUCCCGGGGCGGCGGCGGACCCCCCUGUCGAGAACCAUACGGGUUCAGUCAUUCACGCGGGCAGGGGUUCAAUCGUGGUGCAAGAUAUGGUCCGCCCCACGUCCACAAGGUAGUACAGAGGAAAAGAAAAGAACCAGAGUUUUCCCACUUCUGUGACACGUGUGACAGAGGGUUUAAAAAUCAAGAAAAGUAUGAUGAACAUAUUGCUCAACAUGUCAAGUGUUCAGUUGAAGACUGCAGUUUUACUGCUCAUGAGAAGUUGGUGAAAAUUCACUGGACCAAUAACCACACCCCAGGAGCCAAAAGAAUCAAGUUGGAUACCCCAGAUGAAAUAGUAAAAUGGAGAGAAGAGAGGCGCAGGAAAUACCCAACUCUGCAGAACGUGGAGAGGAAGAGGAGAGUGAUGGAGACCAGGCAGGAGAGAGGAGAGGUUCUGGAAACGGCACAGUUUGGGAGGAUGAGAAGCAGAGGCAAGGGGGGUGUGUGCCCCAGAGGCAAGGGGGGUGUGUGCCCCAGAGGAGGCUUCCAGCAGGGCGGGGGGGGAAGACCCUGGGCCACAGGGGGGGGAGGGGCAGAGCAGGCACCCCCCCUCACACAAACCUCCCAGGAAGGGGAUCCUCUGGGGGCCCUGGCCAGCAGUGACCCAGACUCGGACAGAGAGGAGUCGGCGGACAGUGCUAAGGGGGCAGGAGUCACGGUGGCACCCAAACAGAUGACCUCGGGGCUGGGGGCGCUGAUGGCUAACUACGGCUCUCUGACAGAGAGUGACAGCGACCAGGAGCCAGACUCGCUCCCAAUCCAGAGAGCAAGCCUGCUCCUGUCGGAGAACCAGGCUCUUUUGAAGUCAGUCAGCCCUCAGAACCCAACACACUCUCUGGGAAGGGGACCAUACCCUGAGAGCAUGAACCCCAGGCCUGUUCCCACCCUGCCUCCCUGCAGGGGAGGGAGAGGGGGCAGGGGAGGGAGAGGGGGCAGGAGGGGGCAGCGACACACAGCACUGCCCCAGCGCCGCGCAACUCUACUAGAGAUGCUGCUGGCUCCAGACAUCCGCCAUGAGAGGAACGUUCUCCUGCAGUGUGUACGCUACAUUGUGCGGAACAACUUCUUUGGUCUGGAGGUUAAAACUCUGAACAGACAGGAGCCAGAGGAGAGGGCAGUGAGCGCCACGGAGGAGAGGGCAGCGAGCGCCACGGAGGAGAGGGCAGCGAGCGCCACGGAGGAGAGGGCAGCGAGCGCCACGGAGGAGAGGGCAGUGAGCGCCACGGAGGAGAGGGCAGUGAGCGCCACGGAGGAGAGGGCAGUGAGCGCCACGGAGGAGAGGGCAGUGAGCGCCACGGAGGAGAGGGCAGUGAGCGCCACGGAGGAGAGGGCAGUGAGCGCCACGGAGGAGAGGGCAGUGAGCGCCACGGAGGAGAGGGCAGUGAGCGCCACGGAGGAGAGGGCAGCGAGCGCCACGGAGGAGAGGGCAGCGAGCGCCACGGAGGAGAGGGCAGCGAGCGCCACGGAGGAGAGGGCAGCGAGCGCCACGGAGGAUAGGGCAGCGAGCGCCACGGAGGAGAGGGCAGCGAGCGCCACGGAGGAGAGGGCAGCGAGCGCCACGGAGGAGAGGGCAGCGAGCGCCACGGAGGAGAGGGCAGCGAGCGCCACGGAGGAGAGGGCAGUGAGCGCCACGGAGGAGAGGGCAGCGAGCGCCACGGAGGAGAGGGCAGUGAGCGCCACGGAGGAGAGGGCAGUGAGCGCCACGGAGGAGAGGGCAGUGAGCGCCACAGAGGAGAGGGCAGUGAGCGCCACUGGAGAAGACCUCAGGAUCCUAGCGGAGAGAGAGAGAGUCAAGCUGGUAAGUCACAUGAGGUCAGCAGCGCUAGCUAGCGACCAGCCACCAGUUCACGGCCUCAGAUGCCAGGUUGACAGUCUGAGUGUUUCCAGUCUGAGUGUUUCCAAGGCGUUCGCUGGGCAGAGGCCCAGUCAGACUUCAGGCGCUGAUGUCAUGGAGACGGUAGUUGAGCGGGGCAUGCCACACAAGGAACACCUCCACACUCUGCCUCUGGAAGAGAAGCCUAACCCUGGGAUUAGACCUCCUACAGACCCAGACCAGCCCUAUAGACCUCCUACAGACCCAGACCAGCCCUAUAGACCUUUUACAGACCCAGACCAGCCCUAUAGACCUCCUACAGACCCAGACCAGCCCUAUAGACCUCCUACAGACUUGGGGAGUGAUUCUCCCCAGGCAGCAGGAGUGUGUGAGCCUGGUGAAGAUGCUCUGCCUGGCGUGGUGGUGGUAGAGGAAGGGUCUGCUCACAGCGGGCCUGGAGAGCUAUAUCACCUGAUUCUGACCUCUACUCGUCCCCUCAAGCCCAAAGUGUCGAUCUACGAUGAUAAAAUAUGGGAGAUCACGGAUGGAAAUACUGAAGACCCCUAAUGGAAAUAUCUAAAUAUAUAUAUAUAUAUAUAUAUAUAUCUCUAUCUGAGGAAGAGAUCCCCAAAAGGACUCUGAAAAGGGUUAGGGUUAGAAGAGAUCCCGACCCCGCAGCUCUACACUCCUGUAACUGCCAAGCUUUCCUUUGCAUUUUGUUGUCUUUGUGAUCAAGAUGAUCAAACAUCUGUCAUUUCAUUCAUGUAUUAUACAAUUUUUUUUUUUUUUCUGUAUUUAAAAUAAAUGACAGGCCUGAUAUUGGACCAUUUUUGAAGUG